AGUACCUUUAAAAAGAAAGACAAAAGUGGUUUACAUUAUUACAACUUCAAACGACAUCGUUUCUUCUGCCACACGGAUCCACAUCAAAUCUGGUUUUCUUCGAACCCCCUUUUCUCAAUUUCAAGUUCGAAACUUUUUCCCUUUUUGCUUGCUGAAUUGCUUCCAAAAUCACGAAGUUUGAAUUUGUGAUUUGAUAGAACAAACAAUGGUGAAGGAAACUGCUUACUAUGAUACAUUAGGUGUUAAUGUUGAUGCAUCUGCUGCAGAUAUCAAAAAAGCUUAUUAUGUCAAGGCAAGAAUAGUUCACCCUGAUAAAAAUCCCGGGGAUCCCAAAGCUGCAGAAAAUUUUCAGCUGCUUGGCGAGGCCUACCAGGUUUUAAGCGAUCCUGAAAAACGUGAAGAAUAUAACAAGAAUGGAAAGGAAGGAGUGUCACAAGAUUCCAUGAUGGACCCUUCGACUGUAUUUGGAAUGCUUUUCGGAAGUGAAUUUUUUGAAGAAUAUAUUGGAAAACUUGCACUUGCUUCUUUAGCAUCUAUAGAAGUUGAGGAAGACUCACCGGAGCCUCAAGUUCGUAUGCAAAAAAUUCAGGAAAAGAUGAAAGCAUGGCAGAAGGAAAGAGAACAGAAGCUGGUAUCGGUUCUGAAAGACCGUUUGCAACCAUUUGUUGAUGGUCGAGAAGAAGAAUUUACAACAUGGGCAAAUUCAGAAGCGAGUAAUCUUUCAAAAGCUGCUUUUGGAGAGGCCAUGCUACAUACAAUUGGUUACAUCUACACACGAAAAGCAGCGAAAGAAAUUGGAAAGGAUAUUCGGUUUAUGAACGUUCCCUUCUUUGCCGAGUGGGUUCGAGACAAAGGACACCGUAUAAAGUCACAAGUAACAGCAGCCUCAGGAGCUGUGUCCCUAAUUCAAAUACAAGAAGAACUCAAGAAGCUAAAUCAAGGAGAAAAUAGAGAAGAAAAUGUAAUGAAAGCUCUCGAAGAUAAGAAGGAAGCCAUGGUUAAUUCCUUAUGGCGGAUAAACGUGAUUGAUAUUGAAUCAACUCUGUCGCAUGUUUGCCAAGCAGUUCUUAGAGAUCCUAGUGUGUCGAAAGAGGUUCUGAAGUCUCGAGCCAAAGCAUUGAAAAUGUUAGGAACCAUCUUUCAAGGUGCUAAGGUUGCUUUUAGGAGAGAGAAUAGUCUGCGCCGAGAAAACGAGAAUCAGAAUCGGGUAGAAGCUGGUCCCUCAUCAUAGUCAUCAUGUUCAGUUUGUUCAAUAUGGUUAUAUGGACUGGUUGAUCAUUUUCUCAUCAUGGCCUUUUGGAUCUCAAUGAAAUUUGAACCUUAUAUUGUGUUAUAAGAAAAGGAAAUUUUUGUGCAAUGUGCAUGUAAGUUUCUAACUUAUAGUGUGUAAAGCAAUUAAUGAUUUGUGUUUUUGUAACUUAAUUGUUCAUUCUAAACUCCUAUUUCAUUGGGGAGAUGAUAUAUAGAUGGACAUUCUUUGUGUA